AUGUCACUCUCAACAGAAAAAGAAUCAAUCUCCUCCUUCACCACCAAGAAGAUCAACAGCACAACCUUCGUGAUCCGAGAAGAUGACGCGUACGGAGAACACCCAUUCAUCUACGUCAAGCUCCAUCCACUCGCUCCCGUCAUCAUAAUCUCAGACACAGGCUGUGACGAGCCCAGCGAGAAAUACAAGCACGGUAAUCUCUACCACGCGCGUCUCCUUUGUCUCUUCUCUUCUUCUCUCUUCUGCUCUUCUGAUUCUUCCGCCAGCCCGCUACACCCACCUCCGCCCCUACCUCGAAACCCACCCCGUGAAAUCCAACAACAACCAACCCCUCAACCCGUCCGGGAAACUCCAAUACCUGAUCCUCCUAACCCACUGCCACUACGACCACCUCGGCGGAAUCGCCCAAUUCCUCGAAAGCGGCAGCACAACAGAAAUCAUCGCCUCCGCCGCCGGACGCGAUUUCCUCCAGACCGAUCUCGGAACCCACGGUCUCUUCGACGCCAUCGGAAAACCCAUCCCAUUCUUCCAGAUCACGCACUGGGCUCAAGCGUUCGAGAGAUUACACUGGCCUCUGAUGACCUCCCAAGCCCACCUCACCCACACGGCCGGUGGGCAUCAUGAUCCGGUGGAUCUCGGAAUCACAAUCAUCCCGACCCCGGGCCACACGCCCGACGAGAUGGCCUGGUACGAUCACGACGAAAUGCACCUGUACGUGGGCGAUAGCAUGUACCCCGAAGGGCCGGAGGAUGGAAUGCCCAUUCUGUUCCCGUCGGAAGGCGGGAAUCUCAUCGAAUAUGGUUUUAGUAUGCAGAAAUUGCAGUUUCUCGUUCGCGGCGAGAAUGGACGCGCUGUCAUCACGAGCACCACGAUCAACAACAACAACAACAACAACAACAACAAUGUCAACGACGACGACGACGACGAAGACUUCGUGCAAAUCCCCCGUCGCGUAAAACUCGCAGCAGGCCAUCAGACGCAUUCCGAAGACGCGGAGGAAUUCUUCGAAAGAGUCGGAACUCUCUGGCGGGGCAUCUUACAAGGCGAAAUCCCCGUCGUGAAGAAGAAAUUUCCUGAUGCAGGGGAGGAGGGGGAGGAGGUAUGGCGCUGGCGAGGGAACGAUGAUGCCAUCUCCUUGGAAGCGCCGAAGAGGAUGAUGGAAGACGCGCGGAGGUUCUUUCUUUAUAGAGGGUCGGAUGUUUUGGGAGAUAAGGGUGGUUCGUGGCUCUGA